ACUCGCUCGAUCCCCAGCCGCAGGGACGCGAUCGCCCCAACACCAAACCGCCGGCCCCGCCCCCGCAUCAGCGGCACCAGCAGCAGCGCGAGCGAGCGAGAGAAACAAGAAAAGCAUGGCGCGCCGCCGGAGCAGCAGGCUGCUCCUCGCCGCCGCCGCGCUGCUCGCCGUCGUCGCCGCGGCGGAGGCCGCGGUGCCGCCGACGUGCGAGCGCAUCGAGUGCCCCGCGUACGAGGUGAUGGACAGCGCCAACGGGUUCGAGAUCAGGCGGUACACGGACGCCGUGUGGGUGUCCGCCGCCCCCAUCGAGGACAUCUCCUUCGUCGCCGCCACGCGCACCGGCUUCCUCCAGCUGUUCAAGUACAUCCAGGGCAAGAACGCGUACAACGAGACGAUCGAGAUGACGGCGCCGGUGCUGACGGAGGUGUCGCCCAGCGACGGGCCUUUCUGCGCCUCCUCCUUCGCGGUCAGCUUCUACGUGCCGGCCAAGAACCAGGCGGACCCGCCGCCGGCGGAGGGCCUGCGCGUGCGGCGCUGGGCCGGGGCCAGGUACGCCGCCGUGCGCCGGUUCGGGGGCUUCGUGGCGGACGCGGACGUCGGCGAGCAGGCCGCGCGGCUCGACGCCAGCCUGCAGGGCACCAGGUGGGCCGCCGCCGUCAACGAGGGCCGCGGCGCGGGCCAGGCGGCCUCCUACGUCGUGGCGCAGUACAACUCGCCGUUCGAGUUCAGCGGCAGGGUCAACGAGAUAUGGAUGCUCUUCGACGGCGCCAAGGUCGGCUCUCACGCCAACUAAAGCCUCUAGUUAGUGUAAUCGGCGCUUGUCUAUGUACUAGUAGUAUCUAGUACAAGAUACAAGUGUUCCUGCUCGAUCGAAUAAAUCUGUCUUUUUUUCUUGAUGAGAGAAACUGGUAGUGUAAUGUAUCUUGUCAGCAGAUGAAUAAUGUGAGCUCUAAAAGAUGCUCGAGUAAAUACAUUGCUUUGCCAUUACUUGCCGGCA